GUAGACUUUUCGGGGUGCGUUCCCAAACAAAUGUCAAAACGCAUGAAAUGUCAACGAAAGUGUCGAGUAUUUACUCGCUGCAUUGUUUGGUAGAUUUUGUUCUGGCGUAAUUUGAAGCAAAAAAAAAGUAGCAAAAUGUGGCCGAUUUUCAUGGCAGCCUUGCGUCGGAACGCACCAUUUAUCACUCUUCCAUUUGCCGCAGUUAUUGGUUUUAUUGGUUAUAAACUGGAGGGUAUACUUUCGGACAAAUAUACGCCGUACAAUGGAUCAAUUCAAGACAGUCGAUCCGAACGAUUGGCCACGGAAGAGAUAACGCAUGACCCGACCAAGGUGGAAAAACUUCGGCUCAAAGAGAAUGUGCUAGAACGUAAUUUGUCACCGUCGCUACAAAAGAAAUAACCAGUCAAACAUUGUGAUAUUUUUACACGUUGUAAACGUAUUUAUUGACUGUUAGUUGUUGUUUUAAAUGAAAAUAUAGAACAAAGUAUGACUUAAAUGCUAACAAAAAAAAAAUGGAACGUUUUUCUUAACUCAAAUUUCAAAAGUU